AUGCCCCCGUCCACCGUCUUUUCCUACUGGCGCCGAGAUCAUCGCCGUUCAGCGGCGCCGGCUCCCUUAUCCGCACCAUCUACAUCCUGGAAGGGGGUAAAUGGAAGCCCUGGCACCAGUCCUCCUCAACUUCCUGCAAUCCCCGACACCCCGACCCUCGCUUCGACCUUCGACGAUAGCCCCUUGCACGAUGCCCCGCCCUCGAGUGAGUCGCCGCUGGAGAACGAUGUCUCCAAGAUGAACAUCAACUCGUUCACUGUACCACUCUCCUCUUCAGUCAGCCUCGCCGUUCCCUCCCCAUCGGUGGAGAAAGACAAUCGUCCACAUUCGAGUCCUGGAGAGCACGAUGGAGAACCGGCCUUUACAUCGCAGUCGAAUAAUUCACAACUGUCGAUCACCGCUUUGCGGUCUGAUCAGGGAGAUGGAGAGCCAGAUUCAAAGCCAAGUUCGCCUUUCCGACGGUCCUUUGGCAAGGGGUUACGGAACCUGCAGACUCCGUCCACCGAGAACCAGAAGCGCUCGCCGACUGCAGGUCACUUUCGAUUCCGAACUUCACCGGAAGACUCGCCGGCGGACAAAAAUACCAUGCCACAGAGGGAGUUUGUCAAGGUCGAUGCGACGGCUCCUCGACGGACGGAAAAUCGCGAUGUCUCAACCGAGCACGCUCAUCAUCGGCCGGGCAAGGCCAUGCUUCAUCUUCUGAACCCGAUAUCUCUGCUCGCCCGCAGACGAUCCUCCCAGAUGACUGGUUCUCGGACUGAUAAUGCCAAUAUCGGUGCACAGAACCUGGUCCCUGCCAUCCCCGACGAUUACGACCCUAGAAUUCGGGGGAAUAUUGUCCAUGACUUUUCAGCGCCACGGCCUCGCCGAAAUGUGUCUGGUCCACCGGGUGCUCCGCCCGAUGGACAGGACUCAUCUCCGUCGCAAAAUUCAGCUCAAAACCCGACGAGCCGUUGGGCCGAUCAGAAUAAAAGAAACAGUGACCAUUCGCCCGUGUUCAAGGAGCAUUUUGAUGAUCAAAAUGUGCUGCAGGUUGAAAAUAAGGGCUAUCUCCAAUCGCCGUUACUGACGAACCCGCCCCAGUCUGGGUCUGGACAGUCGGUGCCUGUGUUCGCGAGAAAGCUGCCUUCUCGGGUCCCGGAACAGAGCCCUGAGCCUGUUGAGCUGGAAGCUCCUCUAGGACCACCUCCAGCAGCAAAGCCUCUGCCGAGUCCCCCGAAAACGAGCCCGCCUACGGAAGCGCAAGAUCAAGAUACCAUCCCACAUGUGCCUCCUCAGCCCUCGGGUUUACCGAAGCGCUUCAAAAGUAAUGCCUCUCGAUUCAGUUUUGAUAUGAACGGCGUGGAAUCCUCCGUGCAAGAAAAACUGCUCGAAGAAAAGCAUAAGGAGAAAGAAGCCGCACGCAAGCUGGAAGAUGGGUACUUUGACGACUUUGACGAUGAAUUCGACCACGAAAUCAUAGAUGACCUCGACGGCCUGGAGGAGAAAAUUCCCGGCGUCAAUGUUGAUGCUGACGAUGACGACGAUUUUACUGCACUCUCAGUUCCUCGUGAUAUUAAUGGCGAGAUCAAGUCAUGGGCUGUCCCAGGGCUAUCGCCUGUGGUUGCGAGCCCGAUCACCCCUGCUGCACCACCAGAUGUCUCGGGGGAUGCCAGUGUGAUGGGCGCUGGCUAUGCCCCUCCAACGAAGGCUUUGGACCUGCCGCCCUCCUAUCAUUAUGAGGCCACACAGUUGUCGGUUCACUCAACUCAAAAAUCGCAUCAGUCGCAGUCGCCUGUCGCUGCGCAGAUGACUGCACCAGAGCCGAUACCACCGAUUCCCAAGCAACAGCCACAGGGCCUCGACGAUGUCGACGAUGACCUAUAUUUUGACGACGGGGAAUUCGGCGAUCUUACUUUUAACGACCAAGAAGAGACGUUCGACGAAUCCAUCUUCGAUGACGAGACCAGCCAUCUCUAUGACCGAAAGCCCGCAGGCACGCAGGCCGCGUCUAUGCCCUCUCACGAUGUUGGCGAUUCUUCACCAGGAAAAGACAGCUUGCUGGAAGACGAUGGCAACCAGGGUUUGAAGCACAUGCCCAGCGUUGCUAGUGAAUACCGGGUUGCCGGCUCGGUCAAACGUGGUCCCCUUGGCGAGCGAAUCCCAAACAUGGGACCUGCCCGGGCUCAUGCGGGUGUUCUAACGGAGCAAAACCUUGAGGUUUUGCACAAUGCCCUCACGUUUGCAGCGAAUGAAGCAGCGAACCAGGGACGGUUUGAUCGCACUUUCAGCACUAGCGACAGAUCUCUAGGACAAGACAGCGCAACACAACACUCGCAGACGGGAGACUCGCAACCCGGGCUGGUGUCAGAUGACAAUCUCCUGAGCCAAGCGCCUGAGAUGAUGGGUGUCGAAGAUGCCUUUGAAGACCUCAUAUAUGACGACAAUGAAGAUGCCUAUUACGAUGAUCCGAUCGUCGCGGCGGCCAAUGCCGAAGCCCUCGAAAACGACGACGACGGGUUUUAUGGUCAAGAGUUUGGGUUCUAUGCGCAGGCAAACGGCAACGGCGCUUCUGAGCUCACCAAUGGUGGAUACUUUGGCCCGCGUGGUGUUGAGGGCGUCUCCCGCAGCUUCAGUAGCCGGGGCAAGUUCCAAGAGCCCAGCCUGACCCCGAUCACGGAACGAAGCGAAUGGAGCAAUCGCAACUCGGUCAUCUCCCUCAAGGCGCACAAUGCCGCUCAUUCUAACCCGUCUCUUUCCAGUCCAGGGCUGGCUCAGCUGGUCGACAUGCGCAAUCUGGAUGACGAAAUGUCCUUGAGCGCACUGAUGAAAUUGCGCCGCGGCGCAUGGGGCGGUAGUAACGGCAGCUUGCGCAGCAGUACCGGUAGCCCGCCACCGCAUACACUUUCUUCCUCCCACCGCGGCAGUUUCACAGGCGCUUCCGAGGCCAGUCCAACUGUCUCUGAUAUAAGACCGUUCAGCGCCGAUGAGGGACUGGCUGGUGUUGGGUAUCACCCGGAUGACAUCCAUCCUCAUGUUGCCUCCCCACUGAAGGAUACCAGUCCUUCGGGACGCCCUGCCGAUCUCCCGACGAGUGGCAUCGGCGCUCCGACACCAUACACCGACGGGGAAGACGACGUACCGGCACGACUCCAUAAUAAUGUCUUGUAA